CAAACAGGACAGGAUGUGUUUUUAGCUGCUUUUCACCUGAGCGGCAGCGGCAGAGCCGUUUCCACUGACUGCAGCCGAGUGACCGCCGGCCUCCUCGUUUUCUGGUAUUCGUUCAGAGGCUAAUAUGAAGACAUCAUUCGGCAAACCAGACCCUGGAAAGCACCUACAAUCUUUUCAACUCAUUUGAACCUGAAGACAAGGCCAUGCAUCGUCUCCGGUAAAACCCGGCCCCCUCUCUCCCCUCUUCCUACCGAUCCUUUGAGAGCGAGGACACCACGAGCUGCACAGACAUGGGUUCGCACCAGCCCUGCGAGGAUUCGCUGGAGCGGAGGCCCGUAUUGGGCGCUGCCUGCAAGCGGCAGGGCCACCGGUGUCUGCGGAAAAAGCUGAGGCCAGUGCGGAUCUUGGGGUUCGUCUUCAGCCUGGUGGCCGUAAGUGCCGUCUCCUUCAGUGCCUUGACCUGGAGCUCAGGGGGGCUCAGGGAGCCGGUGCUCCCCCAGGAGAGUCUCCGCCAGUCGGCGCCCCACAGGACUCUCCUUUUCACCCCACCUCAGAGGGACCCCAAUGUGUCAGCCGACAUGCCAAUAGCCAUGAGAUCCACAGCAGGUAGCAACGAGAGCCAGGGGGAGUACCCGCCAGACAUCUUCACCCUUCAGGAGAGGCGCCAGGGCGCAGUGGUCCUCCACAUGUUCGGCAUGAUCUACAUGUUCAUAGCCUUAGCCAUAGUGUGCGACGAGUUCUUCGUCCCAGCGCUGACAGUCAUCACGGAGAAGCUGACCAUUUCGGACGACGUCGCGGGCGCCACCUUCAUGGCGGCUGGCGGCUCGGCCCCGGAGCUCUUCACCUCCAUCAUCGGCGUCUUCAUCUCGCACAGCAACGUGGGCAUCGGCACCAUUGUGGGCUCGGCCGUCUUCAACAUCCUCUUCGUGAUCGGGAUGUGCGCCAUCUUCUCCAAGGAGAUCCUCAACCUGACGUGGUGGCCGCUCUUCCGCGACGUCUCCUUCUACAUCCUGGAUCUGAUCCUGCUCAUCGUCUUCUUCCUGGAUAACGUCAUCUCCGUGUGGGAAAGCCUCACGCUACUCACGGGCUACGCCGCCUACGUGAUCUUCAUGAAGUUCAACAGCAAAGUCGAGGGCUUCGUCAAAAACUGCAUGAACAAGAACCAAGUGGUAGAAGUAGAAGUGCAGCCCAAGGCCAGGCCUCGACUGCAGAGGGGGGGUAGUUCCGCCUCCCUGCACAACAGCUUGAUGAGGAACAGCAUUUUCCAGCUGAUGAUUCACACGCUGGAUCCUUUAAGUGAAGGUAAAUUUCGAGAGAAGGCAUCCAUCCUUCACAAGAUCGCUAAAAAGAAAUGCCAAGUGGAGGACAGUGAGAAGGCCAAUGGAGUGACGAGCCGAUCAGAUAAAAACCUUCCAAACAGCUCCAGCGUGGAAGUGGAAGUGACACCACCCAUGAAUGGGACGGCAGGCCAAGAGGGGGAAACGGCCGAGGAUGAGGAGGAGGAGGACCAGCCUCUGAGCCUGUCCUGGCCUGAGUCCGGCCGCAAGCGCUUCACCUACCUCUUAAUCAUGCCCAUCGUCCUCCCCCUGUGGCUAACGCUGCCUGAUGUCCGGAAACCGUCAUCAAAGAAGUUCUUCCCUGUCACCUUCCUGGGUGCCAUCUGCUGGAUUGCAUGCUUCUCCUACCUAAUGGUGUGGUGGGCUCACCAGGUUGGAGAGACCAUCGGGAUUACAGAGGAGAUUAUGGGCCUGACUAUAUUAGCAGCUGGAACCUCCAUCCCUGACCUCAUCACCAGUGUUAUUGUGGCACGCAAGGGGCUGGGUGACAUGGCUGUAUCCAGCUCCGUGGGCUCCAACAUCUUCGACAUCACUGUUGGGCUGCCCUUCCCCUGGCUCAUGUGGUCCUUUUUCAGAGGCCUUCAACCGGUGCAAGUCAGCUCCAACGGCCUCUUCUGUGCCAUCGUGCUCCUCUUCCUCAUGCUCCUCUUCGUCAUCAUCUCCAUCGCCGCCUGCAAGUGGCGCAUGAGCAAGCUGCUCGGCUUCAUCAUGUUCAUGCUGUAUUUCGUCUUCCUGGUGCUCAGCGUCAUGCUGGAGGACAAGGUCAUUACCUGUCCGGUGUCCGUCUGAGGACCUCCGAGGACCUGCUUCCUCUCCCCCCGUCACUACCGCGACCGCCACCAACACAACCAUCCUCCCUGUAUGCCAUCGCCCUCACCUGACCUUUGUGAUCCUUUAACCCAGGACUAAAAGAAGAAUAAGGAGGAGUGGACAAAAAACAAAAAAAACUAUGGAAUCUACCGAUAUUUUCAGGAAGCAGGUGGUGGUGAGGAGGGGUGAAACCAACAAGGGCACAAGACUUUGGCUUGGCUGGUUUUGCGUAGCCCUAACCUGAGUGGAUUUUUAUUUAUUAUUAUUAUAAUUGGCAGUUUUGGGGGAUAGUGGGGGGUCAUGGCUGUACCAGCUAAAUAAAGAAGCAUUAUGCAUGCCGUUAGUAUCACUAGAUGAGCUGGAAACGAGGCUACACCUGGACGGUUGAGGAGAAUGACCUCCUGUGAACUGGGGAAAAACAAGAGGUGCACUGUAUAAAACUCUCAUUAAUAAAUGCAGUGGCUGAGCUGAAAUUGUGAGCAUAUUUUAACACACACACACACACACAAACACACGAGUUCAACAGACAAAGACGCUGUCGCCGAGAGUGAAUUUGUGGAUGAUUUUGUUCCGAAUGUGUUUCCUGUCUGAUGGUAUUGAGCUGAAAGACUCUCCUGUAGGCUUUGCACCUGAGCAACAAGGGAUGAAACACUCUCGCUGGCCAGGCGAACUUCUCCUGUGUUAUUUCUUAUUUGCAAAUUUGUCACAUGCUUAGUCUGAAUGACGAGUUUACGCUUCCCCUCUGCCCUGCCGGAUGUCAUUUUUCACCACCGAAUGUCUCCCCAGAAGAUUUUUUUAUUUCAUUUUUGGAUUCACCCUCAUAAAAUACUUAGACGUAGCAU